AUGGCAACAGUAGCAGCAGCAAACCCUGGGUCGGUGGAAGGGUCUCCGUCAGCCGGGGCCUCGGCCACUGGUCGCGAGGGAUACCCUGGAUCAUCUGGAGCCGGUGAGGGCCCUCAGAUGCAGCAGCAGGUUCCUCUUAUGGUGCAGCAACAGCUGGCUGCACAAGGCAUCACCCAUGGCUACCCCGGAAUGCUGGAGGCGGGGGGUCCAGUGGACGCCACGCAGGCCCAGAUUGCCGCCUUCGCCAAUCAAACCGCUAUGUAUGGUCCCUACGGAUCUCCUUACGCGCUCAACAUGCCUCCCCCGCCCACCGGAGGACCGUAUUAUCCGGGUAUGAUGAACCAGUUUGCACUGCCCUCUGUGGAGAGCUUCUCCUUGCCAGGUCCCGCAUACUACGACCCCUAUGGGAUGAUAAACCCGGCAGCAUGUGUAGCCGCAGUACCGACACCAGAAAACAAGGAUGUAGAACAGCCUAAGCAUAUCCGCAGAAAGGGCAAUAAAAAGUGGUUUGGUUGCUGCUAA